AAGCAAGUGUCUCCUCGUCGGCAAUUCAGUCGGUUGUGAGCUCGCAAAGCGAACUGUUAACGGCUGUAUGGCUCAGCGAACUCGCACAGCGUCCGGAACGCGAAUGCACAAGGUUGUUGUGCUGGGCGAAUGUGCAGUCGGAAAAUCAGCGCUGACCAUGCAGUACGUACGACACCAAUUCGUCGAUUAUCAUAAUCCGACACUCGAGGAUGAGUACACGCGUAAGACGACGGUCGAUGAUAUUCUCGUCGAGUUGGAUAUUCUCGACACGGGAGGGCUGAGUUCACUCGCCACACGCUCGAUACGGCGACAAUAUCUGAGAGGAGCCGAGGGCUUUCUCAUCGUCUAUUCGGUUACCGACAAGCGCAGUUUCGCCGAGCUCGACCAGUGGCUGACGCUCAUCGAAAGAGCUCGGAGAUACGACCAGGUACCGUCCGUCCUGGUCGGAAGCAAGACAGACCUCGCCGAGAGUCGCGACGUGAGCCGCUACGAGGGCGAACAACUCGCUGCAAAGCUCGGUUGCCCUUUCGUCGAAGUAUCAGCACUCAAUAGAUCCGGUGUGGAUGACGCGUUUCACGAACUCGUCCGGGAGAUCAGACGGAAAGAGAAAAUCGAGCAAUUCAAGCUAAUCAGCGAGUCCCAAGAAGAAAGUCGGCUGUCGAACACAACCAAACACAGAUCGAAAAAGUCGAUCAAGGCACGCUCCGGUCAUCGCUCGAGCAACGUUGUAUGCAGAGCGUGGCGGAAGCUGUGCAGUCACUGAGACUGGGGGCGUAGAUUAGAGUGCAUGAAUUUAGUGCGCGUGUGCAAAUUUGAUUGACUCUAGACAGUCUGUAUUCUUUUGCUGCUGCUGUGGGCGUUUGAUGAGUUGCUUCUAUGGGAGCGUAGGAUGAAGACGUAGACGUAGACGUGUGGCAAGCAGUCACACGUUCUGUACAUACUCUACAAUCACUUGGCAAUUACAUUACCGUGACUAUCAUCAA